AUGGCGUCGCUAUUGCUGGCUUUUUUGGUUUCUUAUCUUUUACGUCCUGCUACGACCGGCUUUCUUUUGGUACCUGCUUUCUUGGACUCUGAAAUCGGACCGGAUUCUUUAGAUUCUGGAUUCUUGGGACCAAUACCGGAUAGAAAUUCCGAGCUUUUAUUUUUGUCAGAUCAUACAAAAAGCUUCGAAAAACGAAAAAAUGUAGGAGUUCGAUUUAUGCUGCACCUAAGCGGAAGUCGACGCAUUGCCAGACAAAAUUCAGAUCUUACAAGUGCCACCAGGAAUCUUAAAGAUAUGGAAGCAUUAAAUGCAACCUUCGUACCAGCUUCCGAAGAGAACGAAGUCAUACCUGCUGUUGACA